AUGGGACUCAAGAGAAAGCCCCAGACCAGCCUAUUCGAACUCCUCGAGGGUCAACCAGGGAAGGGUGUGCAGGAAACACCACAACCCAAUGCUCCUUCCCCACCUCCUCUGCCCCAGGCUAUCCAGACUAGGUUAUCCUCCUCAAAGUCACAGCCACAAUUCCCUCGCCCCAAACUUCCUGCUUCUCCCCCACCAGCUUUGCCUCCUCGGCCGGAGAGCACUGAUUCAAAGAGGAAGAUGAGUCCCAAGGGUAAGGAAACCGUGGAUUGGGGAAAGUCCCAACCUUCUAAGGAGAGUGAGGAAGCCCCACGUGCGAAGCAAUUAAAGAUUGAGCACCAAAGUAAGGGUAAGGAGACCGAAGUCCAACCUUCCCAAGGCAAGGGAAAGGGGAUCGAGGCCCAAUCCUCGCCCAGCGCCUGGCUUCCCGCCCUAAUGCUCCACGGGGGUCCACUACUGGAAACUGCGUCCAUGAGGGACCUUGGAGAUGGCGAGGGCGGUUACGUGGCAGACGCACUAGGGAGAACCAUGCUACUUCCCACCGACGUGGAUGGGCUAAAGAAAAUGAGGAUGCAGGAGAGUAAGGCGGCCGAGAAUGAACGCUCCAAGCGCUUACUGGCCGCGCGGACACUUAAAGCUUCCAAGGACGACCUUGCCAAGGCCAAGACUGCCCUAGCAGACGCUAUUCGAGACAGGGAUAGCGCCUCGGCAGGUUUAGCCAGCGCCCAAAAACAGGUCGAGGAUCAAACAAAACGUCUGCUAGAAGCCGAUGAUCAGUUGCAAAUAGCUAAAGAGCUGAUCAAGGAUUUAAAUAAAAGACUGGUCACGGCAGAGCAUGACAAAGGUAUGGCAGAGUACGCCCAUGACGAAGCCAUAAGGGCUAAACGGGAGGCCGAGUUUGCCAAAAACGAGGCUGAGGUUGCCAAGGAAACGGCCAAGGAUGAUGGUUAUAAUGCGGGGGUAGCUGAAACGCAAGCCAUCCUUAAAGCCCAGAUCUCCGGAGUUGGCGCCUCUCCUGGCGAGCCGCUAAAAGGGGGAGAGCUUCAGGAUGUGAUAGAAGCAUCUCAGCGUUCGGAUCUCGAGGUACCCGAAGAGGUUGCUGAGCCUGUGGUCGGCACCCAGAUGCCUAAUGCGGAAGAGCCAGCCAUACUUUCCCAGCCCUUACAGGCAAUUCCCCUUGCUAUGGUCCCCCAGAGCACCGACGCCAAUCCUGCUCAGCCUUCCCCAGAAGGGGCUGUCAUCCAGGGCACCGAAGCUGAUCCCGUUCCUCCUUCCCAGGACGUGGCCGAUGCAAAAUUAAAGAAGUAG